AUGGCGUCGUCAGCUUCGUCAAUUCAGCAGGAAAUGAUUGGGACCUGGACUCUCCUGGAUUACAGGACAUCCGCCAAACCUCCAAAGUUUCCCCUUGGACCAAAUGCCACAGGCAUGCUGAUAUUCACGCCUGAUGGCUUCAUGUCGGCCCAUAUCAUGGAGCCUGGAGCCCGCCUCUUCGAAGAAUCCGGACCUCAUAGCGGCACAGAUCCCGAGUUGGCCGAUGCGAUGCGUCAUUCGGUGGCGUACUCGGGCCGCUAUCAGAUCUCCACUCCGAGCAAGGAGUCUUCAUCGGGGAUCCUCGAAACCGUGGUCGUAGUAGCUCCUAUUCCGAACUGGGUUGGUAGCAUACAAGAGAGAGAGGCAAAGAUGGUAGACGGUCAGCUCGUUUUAAGUCCCACAGUGCAGGUGUCUGAGGUGUGUAUAACCUGA